GCCAUUCAUGGCCGCUGCUGCGCUCUUCUCAAUCUGCCAUCUCCGCUAAAAGCUGGCCGUGUAGCUCAAUAUGGAAAGGCCUAAAGCGACCCCUUCUCUCCUCCUCCUUGCCAUCUCCUUUCUCUGCACCAUCAAAUGGCCACAAAUCCAAACGGCUGCCGCCACCAGUCAAGAGCUUCUCAAAGGCUUCACAGCCACUCCAGAACCAUCAACCUCGUCAUUCCAGCCUCUUCUUACAGAUCCCACCGGCAAUUAUUCCAUGGGUUUUCUUCGAGUUAACCGUACCCAACUCGCCCUCUCAGUCUUGCAUGUCCCAUCAGCAGAACCACUCUGGCAAGCCGACAUGGCUCGCUUGGCAAGAUGGUCUGAAUCUACUCACUUCUUCUUCAAUGGAAGUCUUGUUAUUUCUGAUCCACGCACGAAGGUGUUUUGGUCAACUGGAACCAACGGCGACCGGAUUUUGCUCUUAAACACUUCAAAUCUCCAAAUUCAGAAGCUCGAUAAGUCCCCGACUGUACUCUGGCAAAGUUUUCAUUUUCCUACAAAUACCCUCGUCGAGAAUCAAAAUUUCACAGUUAACAUGUCUCUGGUUUCUUCCAAUGGCCUCUAUUCAAUGCGCUUAGGAGAAGAUUUCAUCGGUUUAUACGAAAAUUUUAAAGAAAACCCAGAUCAGAUUUAUUGGAAACACGGAGCAUUAGAAGCCAAAGCAGAAAUAGUGAAAGGACAAGGGCCGAUUUACAUUCGACUUGACUCGGGCGGGUUUCUGGGCAUGUACCAAAUUGGAAGCACUCCCGUCGACGUGGAAGCCUUCUACAGUUUCCAACAUCCUAUCGCCGGAUUCCGCCUCCUACGACUAGAACCCGACGGCAACCUAAAAGGAUACUACUGGACCGGAUCAAACUGGGUCUUGGAUUACCAGGCUAUCAAAGACCAGUGUGAGCUUCCGGGAUCCUGCGGUUCCUACGGUUUGUGCAGACCAGGUUCCGGUUGCUCCUGCAUAGAUAACUCGACGGAGUACAACUCCGAAAAGGAAUGUUUGCCGCCAGAGAUGGGGAACCUCUGUAGCGACAUAGAAGGAGAAAAUAAGUUCCGAGUGUUGAGAAGGAAAGGGAUCGAGCUACCGUACAAAGAGCUGAUGGGGUACGAAACGACGUCGUCUUUGGAGCAGUGUGAGAGGUCCUGUGAAAAUAACUGCAGCUGUUGGGGUUCUGUGUACAACAAUGCAUCCGGGUUUUGCUACCGGGUGGAUUACCCGAUCCGCACCCUGCUGGGCGUGGGAGACGACACCAAGGUGGGGUAUUUUAAGGUGAGGGAGGGUCCACAGAAGAAGGCGGAAUCCGGGUUUGGGUUAGUAAUAGGGUUGCUGGGGGCCACAGUUUUGGCCUUUGGUGGAGUCGUUGGGUUUGGGGUUUACAAAGUGUGGAGGAGGAAAGGUGCGAAGGGGGUGAGUGAGGAGGCGGGUGGAGUGAACCCGGGUCCGUAUAAGACGUUAGGUGCAGCCAGCUUUAGGUCCAUUGAGAUGACGUAAGGGAUGACAUCUGAUUGUGGAUUGGGUUUGACGGACAGUGAUAUUUAUCACUAAGCUUUAGUUGUCUAGUGGUGGACCUAGUGGAGAAGAUGUGGCCAGUGGCCACCCCAAAUUUUAAGAAAGUCCAAGUUUGCCUUUUCUAGACUGGGGGUGCCUAACUGAAGGAUAAAGAUAUUAUUCUUUUCAGGCAUUCUAUUUCGAGUAUAUGUAGUAUAUUUUUUUUCCUGACCCUAUUUGAAUCUGCUUUCCGCUUUAUGGGUCUGCGAAGUAAGGACGGGCCAAGCAAUCGAAUGAUUCGAAUACAAGUUGAAUUCAAAGUGGUUUCCUAAUUUGUUAUUUGUUUA